GAAGAAGAAGAAGAAGAAGAAGAAGAAGAAGAAGAAGAAGAAGGAGAAGAAGGAGAAGGAGAAGGAGAAGGAGAAGAAGAAGAAAAAACGGCAGCGGCCUGAACGGACGGACGGACGGACGGACGGGUGUUCAGUUUUUAUAUUCACGGUUCAUCAUGAUGAAGUUAAAGUCGUGUUUGGUGGUUUCCCUCCUUUGCCUCCUCACGGUUGAACAAAGUUCCGGAAAGUCGCAUCCCGAACCGUCCUGUUCGUAUCCUCCGUCGCAGUGGUGCCGCUCCUUGGAAAUCGCGAUUGAAUGCCAGGUUCAAAAGCAGUGUAUGGAGCUGAAUGCCAUAAGGCCCAACCCAUCUGUACCCACAGUGGAUGUGACUCUGUACUAUGGGAGUCUGUGUCCGGGCUGCAGGGCCUUCAUCACCCAACAGCUCUUCCCUACCUGGACCAUGCUGCAAGACAUCAUGACCGUCAACCUUGUGCCAUACGGAAACACAAAGGAGGUUCCAUCAGCAAAUUCCCCUUUCACCUGUCAACAUGGAGAGCUUGAAUGCCACGGGAACAUGAUUGAGGCCUGUGUCAUUCAUCUCACGGGUCCUUCAGCAUUUCACGUCAUCUACUGUAUGGAGUCAGCAGCCCAUGUUGUGGACUCUGCCCAGCCUUGUCUGCAGCUGUACGCUCCCUCUGUGUCGUGGGCUAGCGUGGCCUCCUGUGUGAAUGGAGAACAGGGUUUCAAACUGAUGCAUAACAAUGCCAUCAUGACCAGAGCGCUGAGUCCUGCCCACACCCACGUGCCCUGGGCCACCAUCGAUGGGGAAUACACAGACUGGUUGGAGGACAAGGCCAUGUCUACACUUUUUCAUCUGGUGUGCCAGCUCUAUAAGGGUGUUAAACCCCCGGCCUGCACCGGAGCACAGGUCAAACUGAACAGGAGUCUGUGCUGAGAAAAACAACCUUCCUCUGACAUGCAUGAUACUUGAAAUGUUAAUUUCACCAACUUCUUUAAUUCACAGUCAUGGAUUGAUAUCACGUUUAUAUUCCACAUGGUACCACCCAACAAUUUUAGAGAUAGUCACAUUGUGACUAACAUCACAGUUCAUUCUUUGCCUUCCUUUGUAAUUUGACUUUAACAUGAUGACUGCACAUUGCAGAGAAGUUGAUUUUCUCAGUGCCCAUAUUUUAAAAUCCAUAUCGUGGAAACUAAGCAGUAAAGGAUCCUUUAGACUCAGUUCACAUAUACCAAUGUCUCAGUAACAUGCAGUGACAGAAAAUCAACUCAAGUAUCUUCUGGUCGAAGGAUAGAUUCUUGCAUACCCAAGAGAUUGUUUUUUGAAAAUACUGGAUUUGAAAUAUUCUCCAGUUCUUACUUCUUUUUUAUUUUAUUUCUUUUUCUUGGGAGGGGGACUCUAGGAGGUCCAGUCAACCAAAGACUUGCACUGAAAACAUCAGAUACAGUUGCUGUGAAGGGUUAGGUGGACUUGGAGGCACUCCAACCAAACAUUAAAUUUUCUUUUAUAGUCUGAGGUCUUUUGUGUAGCUUCAUGUAAGAUACAGGGUUUUACAAGCAUAAUUUAGAGGGAAUAACACUGUGCGUGUGUAUAUCCAAUUGGAUUUGUGCAUAAAUUUAGGGCCUUCUAAUGCCGCCAGAGAUAAUCUGUUGUAUUAAUCUGACACACUAACCAAUGCUGUGACAUACUGUGGCCCACUAUGAGACAUGACACCAACCUCUUUGUAGAACACUCAGUUCUGAGUGUAUGACUGUACGAUAAGUAUGAUUGUCCAUCAUGACAUUUACAUGACAUGAAAACAUGACCCGGAACUUGUUUUUCUCUGAACUUGGACAAAAGUCAUCUCUUAACAAAACCACAUCCAGUCAGAUGGAAAUUUCAGUAUAAUUUAUUGGGAUUUUCCACAUAAAACACCCUGAACUCCCCAAGUCUUUUGGCUUAAAAUGAGAAACAAUCCAGUCCAUUUCUCUGACAAACAUUGGAGUGGCAGACGUAUUCAUCUCUGUAAAGUGUACUUGAUUUUCAGGCUCCAGAACAUGAACGAAGUCUUAUUUUACAGUACUUUUUCUCAACAGACGUGAUUUCAGAGUAAAUAUCUCAGAACUUCGCACAAUACUGCGGAUCAGAAAACAAGACAACACGUUAAUGGUGCGCCAUCUGGUGGCAGCAUGAGCGCGACAUGGUGGAGCGAGAAUCAGCGCUACCCCGCUCAACACACUUAACACUGACGUCUACAAGGCCCACGCCACUAGCCACAACAUGCAGCCCUUGUUAAAGGAAGUUAAGACCUCUGACCAUUGUCUUCUAAUAAGACAGAGAUAAUCCAUUUAGCUGGCUGAAAACUGCCACGACCUUCCAGUGUGUCUGAAAAUAUAGCUUACGCCUUUCAAGGGACAAGAGUCCCAUUUGGGCAAAAUGCCAUGCUGAAAGCUGCUAUGAGGAGUUGGGGCUAUUUGUUGGCUUUGCGCGCCCCUUGUGGAAAAAUGCGGUAGUGUUUCAAAAGGACUUCAUUUCAUAUACACAUUGCCUCAUCACAAAAAUUUGCAUUCACCCAGCGAUUGUGCAUUUGUUAUGAGAAGUGAGGGAUGCAGUUGUUUUGGGAAAACAGCUGUUCACAAGAUAUACAGCGAUGAGGUAAUGUAUCUCUAAUUAUGGCUAUAUAUCUCCCUCGUCUGUGAGCCGAAAAUUGUUUUGUCAGAUUUUGUGGGGAAUCCGACCCGAAGACAAGCAUUUGAAUUCAUGAUACAAUAUCUAAUCUUGUCAUUGAUCAUGUCAUUGUAUUAUGUCAGUCAUACAGAAGCAUCAUAAUCAAAUUCACACAUGGCCGCCUUAACUCGGGUAUGAUCGUUUGCUCUGGUGUUUUGUCUGUCGGGCCACGUGGAGAAAUGAUGGACCUACUGAUGAACUGAUACAAAAGGCACAUGAAGACAUCUGAAGCCUAGAAGUCAACCAAGCUUGAAAUAGUUUGUUUGAAAAGCUGAUGGUUCCAGCAGAUGUCUCAGUAAAUCAGUUUCGUCAUGAUGGAAUAUAGGAUGUGACUUGACAAAGACUGAUAACGGAAAAAAAAACAAAAAAAACAACUUUAAUAGCUGGUGGUAAAGUUUACACACUGGUAAUGGCAUCAGUGUGGAAAAAUUCCCAACAAUAACCAGACUUGAGGAUUAAAAGGGCCUGAUUGAAAGCUAGUACUGCAUGCAGAACACAGUUAGUAUUCAGUCAUCCCUUUGUGCAAAAUGUCCAACUCGUGGCGCCAAAACCAAACGCCUUUGGAGGAAGAAAAAGCUCUUUGGCAGAAGUUAGAUUGCAGUACAAGAGAAAAACGUCUUGAGAAAAGGAUUUUAUGGCUUGUUGAGCUCACCUGGGCAAUUUUGGGGGGUUGCUAAAGGUGUCAACAGCACUAGAAACCAAAUAUGGCAAGCAAUCAACACAAAAAGAAAAUUAUAGUCAAAACAAGGUUCCUCAAAAGUCUGUACUGUUCCCCAGAUCUUUCUUCUUGUCUGGGUUUGGUCUGUUUAAUACAAUGCAUGCCAAUAGGGGCUGAACAAUAGAAUAAUCCAUGCCGCAGUUUGUAAAGAUAACCAAUAUCAUGUUAAUGAAAGCCAUGCGGAUCUGCAGGAUUUGAUCCACAUUUUUAAUACUUCCAGGUUUUCCAGACCUUUUCUGUAAUUCUUUUUUUCUUCUCCAAAGUGUGAAAUUUAAAUUUCAGUAAAAAGAAUGCCUUUUACAUUCUUUUCAAAAUAAUUUCCAGUUUUGUGUGAACUUCUCAAAUACCACAACAUGGGAACAAUGAUUAAAACGACAGUCAGAGGUAUUAAAUAUCAUCCAGCUAAUGACUUGGGACCAGCGUGUCAAAACCAGCGGAAUUGUCCUUUAACACUGGGCUUGGUGAUGGGCCCUGUUGUGACGAUUACUGGCUGAGUUUUACACAAUACUGUUGGACUGGUGGCUUCUGCUACUGCCUAACCAGAGAAAAUAAAACAUGUGGCGAGCAUUUAAUCGCUAGCUUCUCUUGCCCAGUGAGGUCAAUCAAACCUGCUAUAAACUAAACACACACACACACACAGUUACAAAAAGGAACAUUAACUAUUGGUAGCUACGCACGUGCUCCCCUUCCUGUUUGGUCAGGCAAGGGCCCGAAAAAAACUGACGCUAUUUUUUACAGAAUCUAAUGAAUGGUCUACUUUAAAUAGCUAUUUUUACAUUACCCAUUCAUAAAAACAAACACUACAAAGUCAGCGACUUCGAUACAAUCAUUAAGUUAAAAUCUCUAGUGUAAAAAUGUAGAGCAUCUUAGGCUGGUAGGUGUUUUGUGUUUCAUGGCACACAGUGUUUCCCGUCGAGCAGAUUUACCAAAUGAGACUGAAAACUUGCUUGAACGAUGGCACAAAGUUUUUUUUUCAGACUGGAGGAAAAUCAGUCCUUCUCAGCAACGUUUGUUGUUAUGCUGCACCUCCAUUAUUCGUCGUCCCUUCUUUAAUACCUCUGGGCAGGACUUAGAGACCUGGUGAACUGUGAAUUAUCAGGUCAAAUCUCAUGCUUUAUGCAAAAAGGAGUUUGUCCAUAUCUAUGUUGUAACUCUACCGACCGGUCCCUCCAUGUGGCACAGGUUGGUUCUCGACAAUGGUCGUUUACUUGUGUAUGAAACAGCUUUCAUUUUUGACAUAAGGGAUAGAAAACAUUAAACAACAAAUGUUUCAAAACUAUGCUGAAGGCAGACUGGACCUUCUAAUUCAUCGUUCACGACGCGCUAGCAACCCGUCUCCUGCUAGUACG